GAAAAGCUCAGGCCAACGAGCAGCGCUACACUAAACUGAAGGAGAAGUACACGGAGCUGGUUCAGAGUCACGCAGACCUGCUCAGGAAGAACGCUGAGGUGACCCGGCAGAUGACUGUGGCUCGAGCAGCGCAGGACGAGGUGGAGGCGGUGAGGAAAGAGAUGCAGGAGAAGGUGAAGACGGCGCAGGAGGCUGCAGACAGACAGGAGAGGGAGCAGCUGAAACAGCUGCAGGAGCUCCAGAGGGAGCUGAUGUCCACCCAGGUGGAGCUGGACUCCCUGAAGACCACCAUGGCCUCCUCACAGCAGACUUCGAGCGAAGUCCUCAGCACCCAGCUGGCCACCCUGGAGUCCCAGAAAGCCGAGCUGGUGCAGACUUUGUCGAAGGUGGAGGCGGAGCUAGCGGUUCAGGGGGAGGAGCUUCAACAAAUCCAAAGCUCUUUGGCGACUGAAAGGGAAAGUGGAGUGAAGACGGCCGAAGCCCUGCAGAAUCAGCUCAAUGAGAAGGAGAGCAGGGAGCAGGCUCUGGAGAGCCAGCUGGUGGCGGCUCGCUGGUCCAGUCUGCAGGGAGCUGUGGAGGAGGCAGAGAGGAUCAUCCAGGACUCUCUGGCUCAGAUCGACGACCCGGCACACAUCAGCUGCACCAGCUCUGCAGACUACCUUGCAUCAAGAUGRCAGGCCUCUUUAGACUGUAUGGAGCGAUUACACUGUGCCAGAAACAACUUCUUAACAGACAACACAGCAGCUGUGACGGAGCUGGUGCGAGUGGUGACCCAGUGUGGCCACCUGGUGGGCGACACCAUAGUUCAGGGUAGUGCCACCUCCCACAUGGUGCCUGUGGAGCAAGCUGAUGCUCUGUCGGAGAGUGUGAAGCUGUGCGGGGCAGAAGCUCUGGCUCUGCUGGGACACAUGAAGCAGCAGGACAGCCUGGCCGCAGCCAACGACAACAAGCUAAAAGCCGCCUUGGAGGCCGUUCUGGCGGCUGCAGAGAAACUUCGCCCCCGAGGUUUGGAGCUGCAGCAGGGGGAGCUGGGAGAUCUGGUGGAGCAGGAAAUGGCUGCCACCUCCGCUGCCGUGGAGUCGGCAGCCGCUAGGAUAGAGGAAAUGCUCAACAAAUCUCGAGCAGUUGACACAGGAAUCAAGAUGGAGGUCAACGAGAGGAUCUUGGCUUCCUGCACGGAGCUGAUGCAGGCGAUCAAGGAGCUCGUGUUGUCCUCCAAAGAUCUGCAAAGGGACAUCGUGGAGAGCGGGAGGGGGGCAGCAUCCACGAAGGAAUUUUAUGCCAAGAACUCCCGCUGGACGGAGGGCCUGAUCUCUGCCUCGAAAGCAGUGGGAUGGGGCGCCACGGUCAUGGUUGACGCGGCCGACCUGGUGGUGCAGGGCAAAGGGAAGUUCGAGGAGCUGAUGGUGUGUUCACGUGAAAUAGCUGCCAGCACAGCACAGCUUGUGGCUGCUUCCAAGGUGAAAGCAGACAAGGACAGCGCCAACCUGCGCCGUCUGCAGCAGGCGUCCCGCGGCGUCACGCAGUCCACCGCGGCUGUCGUCGCCUCCACCAAGUCCGGGAAGUCCCAGAUCGAGGAAACAGAAACAAUGGACUUCUCCAGCAUGACCCUCACACAGAUCAAGCGACAGGAAAUGGACUCACAGGUCCUAGUCCUGGAGCUGGAGACUCGUCUGCAGAAGGAGCGGGAGCGUCUCGGCGAGCUGAGGAAGAAGCACUAUGAGUUGGCCGGAGCCUCGGAGGGCUGGGGCGAGGAAGGGGAAGGUACCGGGUGAGAGCCGCCACCCCUGACGCCCCUCCUCCUCCUCCUCCAUCAGAAGACUGGCUUUUGUCCACCUCGUUUUAUUUAUAGACACACUUUACUGUCUUCGUCUCUGUUCCAGUUUUAUUUCAUUUAUUCGCUUGUUAUCUAAAGCCAAAUGAAACGGUGCCCCCCCUCUCCCUCCCAUCGCCCGGGGCUCAGCGACAGCAGGGUCCCAGGUGAACGGAUGUAAGGGUGAGAGAAACGUCGUCACUGCUUCACCUCCGGAUGAUGCUGCGGGUUUUGCACAAGYGACAAACUCUCAGCAGCGAACGUGCACAAUGCAUAUUUCUGCCUACCUUAAACAGCAUAUUCUUAUAUCUUUUAAAACUUUUAUUUUAUUUUUAUUUUGGCGCUCGUUCAGAGCUCUUCUGCUCCUGAGUUCCUCCUUGUUUUUUUUUUUCUCACUGUGAGUUGAGUCCAGGCCGCUCCACGGGCCGGUUCUCUGGACUUUCUGCCUUUCACGUCCUCACCAUUGUAACGACCYUGACUGUUAAAUUAAGCACCCCCCACACACUUUUUUUUUUUCACACAAAUGCUAGUGUCCGCGGGGUUUGAGGGACUGAAAACACUGUCAUUCUUUAACUUCUCCCAUUUUUUAAAAAAUUGUAUUUUAUCCUAACUUUUAUAAAACGGGGCAACAAGAAGCAACCCUCGCGUAUUAAAUUAAAAAGCUUAGUUGUUCUGCAACGUUUCUAUUUAAUUUACGUCUCACAAGGCCAUUUUAAUAAACCUUCAGACCUUUCACUGAUGUUCUUUUUAAUAAUAAGUUUAAAGCGUUCAUGGAGGCAGACGUUUUCUCGAAAAAGCUGCACAAGAAGCAAAACAUCUGUUUUUAAAAGUUCGAAUCAUGUUUGUCUUGGAACUGGUGUCGCCACCACUGCACAAACCUUUCCAGUGUAUUAAAAGUCUGUAUUCUUUAAAAAAAGUUAUUUUUAUCUAAAAGCACCAUAUUUUGCCAGUGAUUGAUUUAACAGUGCACCUGAACGCCACACGGCUGUAACAAGUCAUCACAUCUCUCAGAAAACGUUUCACAGAAUCGAUCAAACUUUCUAACAGCGACGCUCCGUCUCAGCUGGGUUUUUAACCAACGCUGCUCAGUAUUAGCAGCUUUAGCUUCUUCCUUUUGAACGUGAGGCUCGGAGCACUUGGAGGAAAAGUCCGAUAAGAAACUCGUCGACGACUCUGAAACGUUUCCUUUUCGUCGCCGUCUUUCUGCUGCUGCGACCAGGUUAAAGCAUCACCUGCAGUACUGUUACUUCCAGGCUCCGCCUCUUCCAUCACGCCUGGAUUAAACUCUUAGCUGAUUUCAUCAGAAACUGUAAUAUAUAAACCAAGUGAAGAUCUUUUUCAGUUGUGUUUCAAGUGUCUUGAAUGAUGAAGUGCACACACUUUAAGUAAUGUUUUUGUUUUUUUCAUUUUGCCCAAAUACUUUUUAAUUAACCUUUUUUUUUUUUUUUGGUUUUUUCUGGUUUGUGUCUGUAGUUGUACCAGCUCAGCCAGCCUUUCAAACUGCCUCACACUGUAGUCAGAAACAAAUACUCACAUAGCAACAUUGAUGAAAUGUGUCUUUGUAUGAUAUUCUACUAAAACAAUGUUGGUGGGUUUGUUUUUAUUUUUCCAGUUUUUGAAAUAAAUACUUCAACUCAUUAAUGUG